UGUCAAUCAUGGAACCAAUAGAAAUGAUCGAACGUUUGAGUCGCGGCGACUCUGUUAAGUUCCCGCAUAACGCAAAUACACUGGAAUAUGCGCAAGAGUUGGAUGGCCAAGAGAGAUUUCGCAGUUUUCGAGAGCAAUUUAGGAUACCCACAAAGUCAUCUCUAAAACGCAAGGCCAUUGUUCCAGGUCAGGUUCAGCGUCUAGACCGCUCCGGCCAUGAGACCAGUGUCAUAAAUGGCAAAACGACAGCAAACGGCGUGAACGGCGCCCACGAAGAUUGGAAAAAUGACACAGAAUGCAUUUAUUUCUGCGGAAAUUCGCUCGGAUGCCAGCCCAAGCUUGUCUCGCAGUAUCUCCAAACACAUCUGCAGACCUGGGCCGAGCACGGUGUCAAUGGUCACUUCACCGACUUCGAGGGGUCGCCCCUAACAGCGUGGCAAGACAUGGCCGAGUCCUGUGCGAAGAAAUCAGCUGCAAUCGUAGGCGCUGACGCCUCAGAGGUUGUGGUCAUGAACACGUUGACGGUCAACCUGCAACUACUGAUGGCGAGCUUUUACCGACCCACGGAGAAAAGACACAAGAUUGUCUGCGAGUGGAAACCAUUUCCAAGUGACUACUACGCGAUUGAAUCUCAUAUUCAGUGGCACGGACUUGAUCCUGCCACCUCUAUCAUCCUGUUACAUCCUGACGACGGGUACCUCAUUACCACGGAAAGCAUCCUGCACACGAUCGACGAACAUGCAGAUUCGAUAGCGCUGUUGCUAUUGCCAGGCAUACAGUACUAUACAGGUCAGCUUUUUGACAUUCCAACAAUCACGAGAUACGCUCAGGCGCGCAACAUCGUCGUUGGGUGGGACCUAGCUCAUGCGGCUGGCAACGUUCCUUUGCAAUUGCAUGAGUGGAACGUGGAUUUUGCAGUGUGGUGCACGUACAAAUACCUGAAUGCUGGCCCGGGCGCAAUUGCUGGCGCGUUCGUGCACGCACGGCACGGCAAGGUAGACUAUGCCGACGGUCAGGACAAACCAAAGUUCCGACAUCGUCUUGCCGGUUGGUAUAGCGGUGACAAAAAGUAUCGAUUCCUGAUGGACAAUGUCCUGAGGCCGACGGCGGGAGCGGGUGGAUUUCAGCUGUCGAAUCCAUCGAUUAUAGACCUCGCGACGUUGUCGGCAGCGCUAGACACUUUCAACCAGACUGACAUGUCACAAAAGCGAGAAAAAUCUCUGCUACUGACGUCGUAUGCGGAAUAUUUGCUGUAUCAAAUAUUGGCGCGCGACCGCAGCUCCACCGCGCCAUUCCAAAUCAUCACGCCCAAGGAUCCCUUGCAAAGGGGUGCACAGCUGAGCGUGCUGCUACGAAAGGGGCUGCUUGAGAAGGUCGGCAAAGCAUUCGAGCGGGAGGGCGUGGUCUGCGAUCAGAGGAAGCCCGAUGUGAUCAGGGUGGCUCCGGUGCCAAUGUAUAACACAUUUGAAGAUGUCUGGAGAUUUAUGGAUAUCCUAGAGAAGGCUAUUGCUUGUUGAUUAUGCCGGAACUCAUAUCUGUGUAGAACGCAAUUCACACGGUUUGCACGAAGACAUUCCAGCC